CGUCGUCUCCACGAGAGAAAAGGGGGAGAUGGCGGCGGGGAGCCCUAGGUCCGCGCCAGGGCGGACGCCGGCCGCCAAGAGCGGCGCGGGCCUGCUCAGUCCCCGGUUCCGCUCGGCGGCCGAGCUUGCCGGCUGGGACGAGGAGUCCAUCCUCCUCGCGGCGCUCGUCGUCGAGGACACCCCGGUCCGCGAAUCGCGCCGCAAGAGGCGAUCCUCCGGCUCAACGGCCGCCGGCGGCAGCGCCGGAUCUAACACCAGGAAGCGGAGGUCGCGGAGGCAGUCGGGGGAUGAGACCCCGAUCCCGCCCGUGGCGCUUGUGCUCGACGAAGACGAGAAGCCGGAUGACCAUGAAGUUGGCAAGAAGGAGGUUAAGCAGGCGGAGGAGGAGAAGGAGAAGGCUCCUGUCGUGGAGGGGAAGGAGAAGUCCGGAUCUGCCAAGGAAGGAGAAGCGGCGGGGAGUGGCGAGCUGCCGUGUAUGGAUCGGCUAAGGGAGGAGCUGUCUUGCGCUAUUUGUUUGGACAUCUGCUUUCAGCCAAGCACCACGGCUUGCGGUCACAGCUUUUGCAUGCAAUGCUUAAAACAUGCCGCCUCUAAGUGUGGAAAGCGGUGCCCAAAAUGCCGUCAACUAAUCAGUAAUUCAAGAUCUUGCACUAUCAACACAGUACUCUGGAACACCAUCCAACUCCUAUUUCCUAGCGAAGUUGAGGCAAGGAAAAGCUCCAUGGCCUCAUCCUCAGCAAGCAAAGAUAAUGUGAAGCAAACCCUGCCAAGAAGCAACAACUUUACACAAGGUGGCAUGAGCAGGAACACUGGUGCCAGUGGUAGCAUCAUCACACCGGACUACACUAGAAUAGGCAACAGCACCAGGAGCUCUUUAGCAGCAGGCAGCAGAAGAAGCGUGCCAGGCCCAGGAACCAUGAACACCAGCAGUGGGAGCUUUGACACACAGGGUAGGACCACCAGAAGCAGGGACAGCGGCAGAGGCUUUGUCCGGGCGUCGCAGUUGGUUGCCACCAGGAGUUCAGCACGGUCAGGCCAAUCUGACGACGCUUCACUGGCAUACAGGUUGCAGCAGGAGGAGUUCAUGACGGCUUUUGACAAUGAGGGAGAGAGGCAACCACAGAACACCAUAUCUACUGCCCGAGCAAAUUUGAGAGCUAUGGCCUCUCGGGCCGAGAGGGCAGCACUCCUUCGCUCUCGCGGCUGGCCUCUUUAGUUUUGACUCCUUUUCUGUUUUCCCAGUACCUGAAUCUUUCUCUAGAAGAAUAUUGCAUAAGUACCGUGGUGAUCAAUCACUUGUAUUGUGUGAAAGUAAAACGACAAGCUAUAUGUUUUUCCUGUAAUCCACACAAAUUUAGAUUGCUCUAUUAGAUCACUGUAAUGGUUGUAUAUCCCUGCAUUUUCUCUUGUCUGGAUUAAUGAUUUUCUCGGUUCGGCGAUUUGACCACAGAACCAUUUAAUUUUUUGGAAUUAAAGGAAGCUAUUUUUUUGGAA